AUGGGGCGGUCGUACCAUGACGGAGGCAGGGACGCGGGGACGGACCUUGGCUACCCGCUGGUGGCCGUGUGCAUCGACAAGGACAAGAACAGCCAGAACGCGCUCAAGUGGGCCAUCGACUCGCUGGUCCAGAAGGGGCAGACCAUCGUCCUCGUCCACGUCAACACCAAGGGCACCUCCGGCGGCGUGGAGGACGCCGCCGGGUUCAAGCAGCCGACGGACCCGCACAUGAAGGACCUCUUCCUCCCGUUCCGAUGCUUCUGCACCCGCAAAGACAUCCACUGCAAGGACGUGGUGCUGGACGAGCACGACGUGGCCAAGUCCAUCAUCGAGUUCUCGGCGCAGGCGGCCGUGGAGAAGCUCGUCCUCGGCGCCACGGCGAGGGGCGGCUUCGUCCGGUUCAAGGCGGACAUCCCGACCACCAUCUCCAAGGGCGCGCCGGACUUCUGCACGGUGUACAUCGUCAACAAGGGGAAGGUGUCGUCGCAGCGCAACUCCAUCCGCGCCGCGCCGCGGGUGUCGCCGCUCCGGUCGCAGAUCCAGUCGGCGCAGGGCGCCGCCGCGACGCCCAAGCCCGAGCCACCGCCGCAGUCGCAGCGGUGGUCCUCGUCGUCGAGGGGCCACUCUGACCACGGCGAGACGCCGCGGGUCGACAACUUCCGCUCGCCGUUCGCGCGCGGGGGCCCCGCCAACACGCGCAAGUUGUACGCCGACCUCAGCCACAUGUCCAUGCCGGACUCGGCGGACAUCUCGUUCGUCAGCAGCACCGGGCGCCGGAGCGUCGAGCACCACUCCGCGAUCCCGCCGCGAAUGUCCAACGGCUCCGUGGACAGCUACGACCACAGCUUCGAGAUGUCGCGCACGCCCAGCAAGUGGGGCGGCGACUCCUUCGGCGGCGGCAUGGACCACACCACCUUCUCGCAGAGCAGCAGCUCUUCCUUCUGCUCCCUCGGCAUGCAGGACGACGUGGAGGCGGAGAUGAAGAGGCUACGCCUGGAGCUGAAGCAGACCAUGGACAUGUACAGCACGGCCUGCAAGGAGGCGCUGACGGCCAAACAGAAGGCCAUGGAGCUGCAGCGGUGGAAGAUGGAGGAGGAGCAGAAGACGCAGGACUCGCGGAUAACAGAGGAUUCGGCGAUGGCGAUGAUCGAGCGGGAGAAGGCCAAGGCGAAGGUGGCCAUGGAGGCGGCGGAGGCGUCGCAGCGGAUCGCGGAGAUGGAGGUGCAGAAGCGGAUCAGCGCGGAGAAGAAGCUGCUCAAGGAGGCCGAGGAGCGCAAGAACCGCGGCAGCAGCGGCAUGUCGCACGAGGAGGCGCAGUGCCUCGCCGAGAUGGCGCUCCGCUGCUGCGAGCUGCGCCGCAAGGACCGGCCGGACCUCGGCUCCGUCGUGCUCCCAGAGCUCAACCGGCUGCGCGCGCUCGGCGAGGACAACAUACAGUACUGCGGCGCCAUCAGGGGCGGCGGCGGCGGCGGCGGCAUGGGCAUGCACAGCUCGCCGUUCCACAGCAAUGUCUCACUGUCGCACGCCGCCGAGAUGAUGGUCGAUUCUCAGUACCCAAGAUCAGUGUUCAGCUCAAAGAGCGAGCGAUUCGCCCAAGCCGCCGAGAAGAUCGAACGUUUGACGCCCAUGCAUGAACUUUCCAGCGUCGGCGCUUGCAGGGUGAAGGGGUGGCGUUGUGUUGUGCAGACCAUUGAGUUCAAGAGGAGGCAUGCUGGUACGUGA